AGAGUAACCAUUUUCAGUUUUUCGCACAUAUUUCAGUCGCUUUAACUAAAAAGGGAAAAUAUUUAGUUUGCAUCAGCCAAACACCAGAAAUUACCCGUUGCCGCCAAAAACCAACCACUGAGCUUAACCUUAGGAAGCAACAAUGAAAGAAAUCGUGACUAUUCAAGUUGGUGAUUUCGCCAACUUCGUUGGUUCUCACUUCUGGAACUUUCAGGAUGAGUUGCUUGGGUUGGCUGGGGAUCCCUCUGCUGAUUCGGUCUUCAAGAAUCAGGAUCUUAACAUGGAUGUGCUUUAUCGUUCUGGUGAGACACAGCAGGGCAUUCUUACAUAUACUCCUCGCCUAGUAUCAAUAAACUUGAGAGGAUCCCUUGGAUCUAUGAGUUCACGUGGUACAUUGUAUACAGAGAUUGCCCACACAAAACCGGAUGUUGUCACCUGGACUGGUAAAGUUUCCACCCAAGCCUCUGAACCUUAUAAAAAAAAUUUGUUCCUACGAAGACUUUAUGAAGAAGAGGAAAACUUGAAUAUGGUAAAUGAGAUCCAUGAUUCGAAUAAUGGUUCUCAGAGUGCGUAUCAGGAUAAGGAUAUAAUUGAGUGCCUAGAAAAUGGUGUACAGUGUUGGACAGACUACUCAAAAGUACAUUAUCACCCCCGGAGUCUCUAUGAAUUAAAUGGAGUUUGGGCAAAUGUUGAGGAAUUUGACAAUUAUGGAAUUGGAAGGGACUCCUUGGCUGCGCAAGGGGAAGAAAUUAGUGAUAGGCUUCGAUUUUUUGUUGAAGAGUGUGAUCAUAUACAGGGAUUUCAAUUUGUAGUUGAUGACUCUGGAGGUUUCUCUGCGGUGGCUGCUGAAUUUUUAGAGAAUAUUGUAGAUGAAUAUACGAAUAUUCCUGUCUUACUAUAUGCUGUGCAAGGUUCUGGUUCACGCCCAAAUCUUCAGAGCAAGAAGCAUACAAUCUUGGGGGAUCUUCAUGAUGCUGUAUCAUUUUCAAGACUGUCAUCCUACUGUAAACUUAUUGUGCCUGUUGGUCUGCCCUCCUUAAGUGAAAGCAAAGCUUCCAGAUUCCUCCACAUUGUAGAUGAAAAGCAUUACCACUCAAGUGCAGUUUAUGCUGCUGCACUACACUCAAUCAGUCUACCUUUUCGAAUGGUUCCAAAUGGGCCUACUGCAGAUGCAUGUUCUGUUUCUGGUGCUGUUGAUGUUCAUGAAGUCGUACAAAUGUUAUCAGGGCAAGGAAGACAGAAUAUGGUGUCAGUUCUGGAUGUUGCCAUGCCAGCACCAGCUUUAACUGGGGGACAGAAUGAACUGUCUCUGUUAGAGAAUAUGCAGCCGUUGACCCCACAAAUAGCAGAGGAUGUUGAAGACAUGCAGGCUAUUGAACACAUGACAGUCCAUGGAGCUCUUGCAUCAGAAGGUCAUCGCGCUUCAGUUGGAGAGGUAAAGGAUACAGUUGAUGCUGCUUUUCGAUGUGCCAAUACAAGGCCAAUGUUCUGCCAUCUAUCUGUUGCUCUUUGUCCCCUACCUAUUCCCUUGCCUUUUCCAUUAAUCUUUGGGAACCAUGUUGGCCAGCACGGUGAAUUGAUGGGUGGUCAAAUUACUAAUUCUUCACCAAAAGGAUCCCUUGACAUCCAUUCCAUUCCCAUGGCUGCCAGAUUACGUUCCAGUAGUGUUGUGUUACCAUUUUUGGAGAGUAAAUUGCGAAAUCUUAACCGGUUUGGGAUUGCACGAGGAGCAGCCGGGGCAGAGAUACUUAGGAGUUGGGGCUUUGGCAGGGAAGAAUUGGUGGAAAUGGAAGAGAUGUUGUCUAAAAUGGUUGUGGCACUGCGUCCUCCUCAUUUGUCAUCGGAUUCAGAUUAGAAUAUAAAUGUUCUUCCCAAAAAGAAAACAAAUCAGGAAAUAUUUGUAAGGUUACUAAUAGUUAACAAAUUUGCUGUACUGCGCUGGCUGUUAAUGCCUUUUGGCAUCGUUUGUGUUUCAGGCAUUUUGUUUGAGAUAGUUGAUUUUUUUUUUCUAUACAGGUAAAGAAAUGUUAAUAAAAAUGACAUGGUUUCUUUGGGACAAAACUUAUGCAUAAUACUAUAUAU